UCCCGCCCGUGCCCCGAGAGAUCCCGCCAGGGCACGACCGCGGCACGGGGGGGCGCCGCGCAGAGACGCACUAAUCGGCCCCGUGAACCAUGGCCGGCCGGAGGUGGCCUCCCGGCUCCUGCUGCUGCUGCUGCCGCCGCCGACGCCGUAGCAGCCCCCCGUGCGCGUAGCGGGCGCGCGCGUUGGGCGCGACGCCACACCAUGGCGCUCGCCAUGACGCCCUGGAGAGACUCCGUGGACCCGGCCGACCUGGUGAUCGGCCUGCCGCCGCCGCUGCCCCCGGGUACGCCGCACUCGUCCUCGUCGUCGGACAAGAACGGACAGCACGCGAACAUCGAGUGCGUCGUGUGUGGCGACAAGAGUUCGGGCAAGCACUACGGCCAAUUCACCUGCGAGGGAUGCAAGUCGUUCUUCAAACGCAGCGUGCGCCGCAACCUGACGUACACGUGUCGCGGAAACCGAAACUGCCCGAUCGACCAGCACCACCGGAACCAGUGCCAAUACUGCCGCCUCAAAAAGUGUCUCAAAAUGGGCAUGCGUCGAGAGGAUCACUCGUGGACGAAAUCCAGGGUAGCGACACCGCACUGCAGGAACAGCUUCGCGUGCUCGGUACCAAUAGAAAGUGGUGCUAGGUCGUCCCUGCUAGGGCUGAUCGAAGAGCGUACCGUGGUGCUAUCUGAAGCCGUGCAGCGGGGCCGGGUGCCGCCGACGCAGCAUGGUGGCCUGCCGGGUCAGAUGUCGCUGAGCAACGGCGACGCGGCGGCCGCGGCGGCGCUCAACGGCCACUCGUACCUGUCCAGCUUCAUCUCGCUGCUACUGCGCGCCGAGCCAUACCCCCCGAGCCGGUACGCGCAGUGCAUGCAGCCGAACAACAUCAUGGGCAUCGACAACAUCUGCGAGCUGGCCGCCAGGUUGCUCUUCAGCGCUGUCGAGUGGGCUCGCAACAUCCCCUUCUUCCCGGACCUGCAGGUGACGGACCAGGUGGCGCUCUUACGGUUGGUCUGGAGCGAGCUGUUCGUGCUGAACGCGUCGCAGUGCUCUAUGCCGCUGCACGUGGCGCCUUUACUGGCGGCAGCGGGUCUUCACGCGUCGCCCAUGGCGGCAGACCGCGUGGUGGCUUUCAUGGACCACAUCCGCAUCUUCCAGGAGCAGGUCGAGAAGCUCAAGGCACUGCACGUGGACGCCGCCGAAUACAGCUGCCUCAAGGCCAUCGUUCUCUUCACCACCGACGCCUGCGGCCUCUCGGACGUAGCGCACAUCGAAAGCCUGCAAGAGAAGUCCCAGUGCGCGCUCGAAGAGUACUGCCGGACGCAGUACCCGAACCAGCCGACGCGGUUCGGCAAGCUGCUGCUUCGGCUACCCAGCUUACGGACAGUGAGCUCGCAGGUCAUCGAGCAGCUCUUCUUUGUGCGCCUGGUGGGCAAGACGCCCAUCGAGACGCUGAUACGCGACAUGCUGCUGUCCGGCAGCUCGUUCAACUGGCCCUACAUGCCGCUCCAGUGACCUCCGUCGGGGGUCCACGCGACGUUGGACCCCUGGGCAUCCUCACUGCUGCCCACUGCCGCGCCCCUCUGGCAACCUCUGGCCACGGGCCCCGUCGCGGCCACCAGUCCGCUGGCUGCCGAGACGGCGGCUGACGUGCUCGGCAUGCCUCAGGACCCGUUCCGGAGGAACGGCAAGCAGCUGUGACCUGCUCCUUGGAGCGAAUCGUGAGACAUCGCGCGGCCAACCCAUUCCACCCGGUGUGUUGUUUAGGCAGCGACGCUGAGAAGGUCUUCGGAGCGAGUUGUCGGUUGAAACGGUGCGGCCACGACGUCCUGCAGCGGCUACCAGUGGCCGGCAGCAUCUUGAGGUUCUUCGAAAUCCUGGUCCUCGAAGUCAUGCCUAUGGUCCCGGCCUGUGCUAAAGCGAGGUGACCAUCCGCUCGGCGCAAUCGGCGCGUUGUUUAGGAAGCGUAGCAAAAGACCAAGAAGUGCGCGGGACGAGUUGGCGACCAGAAACGGUGAACUUACAACGUUCAGCUUCUUGUGGCCGGUGGCUUAAUGUUCCUCGACACCAUUGUUCCCUCAGACAUACCUGUGAUCCUGGCUUACCGUAAGAAAACUUCCAGCAGCUUCCGGACACAUCAUCCACGAAGUCGUCUUGCCCGACGCUCUUGUGCGAGUUUGCGGCAGCUGCUGUCCGCUACGCGCUGUCGAGGGUUGUGAAGAGGAAGCAAGGUAUAUUGAAAAGAAAUUGCCUGGUCUAGAGCCACACAGAACGUCCGCGUGGAAGCUGCAGAACUGAAUUUGAAAGCCAUGCAAAAGAAGAAAAGAAAAAAGGCAGCGUAGGGGAAAUGCUACAUCGUACAGGGUAGGGCGCUUGCAGUUCGCUCAUUUCCGGCUGUUUUGCGUUGUUUCUUUGAACUGAAUGCCACAGCGCAAGAAAACACCUUUGAUAGAGGUGACGAGAUCUGGCAUGCGUGGCCCACGAGUGAUGUUCCCAGCCAUCCACGUGUGCUGUUAUCAAAGCAGAGAAAUUAUCGGCCUUGGAGGAAGCCCUUGAUGAGAUCGAACCGCCGCGUGUUACGAAAGUCCCGAGCAGCGUCGAAUUAUAAGACCUUACAGUAGUUUUGUCAAGAUCAGCUUCUGGUUCUUGUGCUUAGACUUUGACCACUGACCGGUGUUUAUCUACGCGGAGAAGCUCGUGUCUACCCGUUAGCGCGCUGAAGCAUAGUGACAACCAGACGCAGUGCCACGUUUCACAUCUGCUUCCAGACCACCGGUGAUAUCAGCGAGCUGGCCACAAUUGAUGUCCACGUCCGGUGACCCGAGAAUAGCCGACAGGAGCCAGAGUCACAGUGGACUGCGUGACGGUGCAGCACCAGGCGAACGUGAGCUUGUGAACGUGCGUGUAAUGAACACCGAAGAUCAGGUACAGCUCAACGGUUUGGACCACAGUUCUUGCGAGUCGCAGAGAACAAUCACGUUGUGCAGUGUGUGUUCGGACAAUGCAUCUUUUGUUCUUGUAAAUAUGUUGGUGACUGAUGAGCGGACCAGAAAACGCAGUGAGCUGGACAUGUUGCCGAGCAGGGCAAACGAUAGCGAGAUACCCUUUUCAGUGUACAGAUGAUGCAUACAUACUCGCUCUCUCUAUUCCCAGAGUAAUCUCUCGAAAGUAUCGCUACUGUUUCUCCCAUUGUCCGCUGAAUCACUUCCAGCUCAUCGCUUCGAUACCAUACCACAAGUCGCUUGAUUGACCAUCUUAGACGUUUCAAGUGAUACUAUAGGAAGUCGUAUUCAAAUGCUCGGCUUGCCUCGCGUGUCGAAGGAUUCAGACCAUGGGUGCCAAAUUUACGCAUCAAACCCUCGUGCGAAGGCCAAAUGCUCAUCCAUUCUCAUUCAUUCAUACUCUCGGAGUUUAUCUUGCACGCGUAAGAUAGGAGCUCGCAGUACUUUCGAUUUAUCUGCCCGCGUGUUACUGCAGCUUGUCAGUUGACUUUAAAAGAAAGAAAAAAAGAAAAUGCAGGCAAUAAAGGGGUCUGCGACGACCGUUAGGUGGUCCUAAAAUAAAAAAAAGAACCUGUUAUUAGCGUAUGUGUUUGCGCCCUGUUCGCGGAAUAAUCCUAAAUUUUUGAGUGGGGGCAGCCCGUGGAGUACAGGCGUACUGGCUCUUAGAAUUGUCUUCAAAGUCACGUGGUUCCCACCCUGUACUCUAGACACGCCGUUGUUUUAAUUUGUCGUCCCACCCUGUCAUCUCCUAGCUUUCGCAACCACAUAAACAUCAGUGCUGCUGCCAAAUGAACGUAAGUGUCGCCGAGCAUCAAAUACGUAAGGGUAAAAACAAACAAAUAAAGCAUCCAGCCAUAAGAUCUAAAGCUUAGAGUGCUGUUUCUCCACGCAUCUAAAGAAAAAGAUGAAUGUUGAAAAUUGCCGACUGUCUCAUAAGCACAGUAUGCAUGUCUCAAAAGCCCGCGGACGUGAGCACUGGCCUGUUAGUAAACAGCGGUGUUCUGGGAAGCUUCACGAGCACAUUCAGGAGCAGGUGUUUAAGUAGACCACAAGCAGUCUUAAGUUUCACCUUCUUAACUUCAAAUAUGGAGCGAUGGCCACGGAAACUACCUUUUUAUUCUGCAAACUAUUACCGAAAACCGCUGAAAGAGCUGUUGUCGUUAACACAAAUGAUCAAACGUGGUGAUGACAGAACGUCUCCGUGUUACCGUCAUCAGUGUACAUCAACAGACGAAGGCGUUUAUUGCCCCAAUUUGAUUACUGAAUUGACUCGCAAGCUCUAAAUUCACACGAUCUGUGAACAACGAACAUUGAACUUUAGGGGAGUCGCCCUUGCGUUCCACAGUACAUCUGACGAGCAUCUUUCGUGUGCUCCCCCAAAGCCGUCGCAAUGUGUUCACCUAGGUGAAAGCGUCCGAGGCACCCGAUCAGGUCUGUCUACAAUUUUAUUUAGGAAGCUAUAAAAUAACCGUGGAAAGAGGCACACUCCCCGCGCGCAGCCCUUCCAGUUCCCUCAGUUUCUUAACCAAACCAUAGCAACAGUACAGUGCGUGCUUUUGCGUGAACCACCGUGCGUCAUCAAAAGCGUCUCACAUCUCAGUGACUGCAAGUGUAACGACUGCUCGUGCCUCGUGCAAUUUGGCAGUCGGUGAUCUCGGCGACCUUCGACAUCGUUGGUUACUGUAUAGUUUUUCGCUCAUUUUAACCCAUCUCUCAUAAGGACAGAGAGCCAAAUUAAGCCGUACAUGGAGACGAACACUCCACAGCCGAGCUGAAUUCGUGCGUGUGUAUUUCAAUUAUGUGUGCCUGUGUGUGUGAACGUUGUACACAUUGUGGUAUUUUAUCAGUGUCGAUACAGCGUCUUUGUCCCAUUCUAUCUGCUCGCUUCUGCUUUGUGAACUUCUGACAUUCUAGGCGAAAAGACAAGGAGGAAGAGUUAAAAAAUAAAAAAAAUCUCGCCUUCUCUUAGCGCUGCGUUGACGGGUCUGGGUCGUUCGAAGGAAUACAAAACUUAUAAAAUUACUGAUCCCGGUUUUAUUGAGAAAAAAAAAUGUUAGAAAGAACAGUUGUUUGCUCGUACUGUUCGUUUGAGAUACCUAAACUGGCUCGUAGCAACCUCUGCUUUACGAUGACAUAAAGCAACUCAAUGUUUACCUUGAUUCUAAGGGAACGAAAUCUUUCAAAGAGAGCAGAGACGGUAACACCGUGUCACACGUUGAUCUAACUGAGAGUCUUCUAGUGGGCGAAAAGAAGUGAUCAGAACCAAAGCACAGCGUACUUGCCUGUGGUAUGCCGCGUAGUCACAUUAUACUGUAUACUGACUGCAGUAAUACGUAGCCCGUUCACGCAGCGCUUGGGGAGAGCGAUAGAGGUUCAAGCCAUCCAAAGCCGAAGCCUCGUUCAUUGCGCACCUGUACUUUCAAUCUUUACGCACCGCCGGAAACGUUUGGCGCUGUUCAUUUGUUGUUGGAACGGUUUGUACGAUAUGCGAAUUACUUUAUUCGUGUCAAUAAGCGGCCAUAUGUGACGGCAGACGUGUUCUGCAAGCAGCGAACCAGAGUGUGUUUAAGAUGCACGACACCGAAUGAUCGCAGAGGUCCGGUUUUACUCAGCUCUGGACAGAGGGGAAACAUUUCCGUUCUAUGAUCAUGGAAUUAGGAAUUAACCUGUACCAGCGAAAAUACUUCAAAUACUACAUUAAUGGUUCCAUGCGCUAAAAGCUCUGUUUUAUCUUCGUCUUGCCUCAACAGAUAAAUGUACGCAGUCAGCGAACACUCCCUGUAUAAAUGACGCUGUAGAAAGACUGCCUUUAUAUAUCGCGUAGUUGUGGUUCCUACAAGGGACUCCUUCAUUAUCCUGAAUGCAGUGGCGGUAAUUUGCAGAUAGCCUUAGGAAUUUUGUUCUACUUUCCCAAGUUAGGUCGAUUUCUCAAACUACUUGUCAGCAUCUGUUGCACCGUUUGACCACCCACAAACCUGUCUGACCAUCUUAAACAACGUUUCUGAAGUCUGAUUUUUUUCUAGGCAUCAUGAUGAAGAAAAUAGUUUGCUGUCCGUAAAUUAAGCGUUCUGCAAAGCUGCAAACAUUAUCCGUCACGAAAUUUCCUACUCAACCAUAAAUACGGAACAGGGAAAAAGGCUGCUCAGAUUACCUUAGUCUGUAAAAAUAGAAGCUGCAGCUUUGAACGCGUCGCUUAAAUCGUCGCUUAAGGAAAAGCGACGCUACACACGUUAAAACGGGUAUAAUGAAACGUAAUUAUAACUGUUAGAGUCCACCUGUUCUCUAAUUUCACCUCUUGAACGCUGUCCCACACGACUUUGUUGCUCUUCGGGGGUAUACGUCGAAACGGCCGCUCGCGGAUGCUGCAUAUGACGCUGGCCAAGGUUAUCCUGCACUGAGCUUCGAAUUCUAGAGGCGUUCGUGCAAAUCCUCAAGCGGUGCAGAGUACCUUCCUGCUGAUGUAAUCAAUUAAUAUAAAAAAACAAAGAAAAAAAAACAAACGGACGAACGGAAACGUUGCCCCUCUGCCCACCGUGGUUUUCAUGUGCGCGUACCCGUGUUUCAAACUGAAGGUGACGCGCGCACUCACACCCACCAAUUCGUUAUUAUAUAGCGCAAUGGAGAGGAGUGAUACUGAUCACAAUAAAGUGCAAUUUUUUUUUCUCGAA